AUGAAGAAGUGCUUUCUGGUUCGGGCCAUGACUGAGGCCCAAGCCCGAAACGGAACCCAAUUAUUCCCAUUCAACCGCUUUCUAUGCUCUUCUUCCAAUCCUUCCGACUUGGCGCUGAAGAAUGUGACGAAGUCGAACUUCGAGCCGGCGCUAGCCGAGCUCCGGGGACACGUAAAGGAAGCCGACUUCGUGUCAAUCGACUUGGAGAUGACGGGGGUUACAAGUGCCCCAUGGCGAGAGUCAUUCGAGUUCGACCGGUCCGAUAUCCGGUACCUCAAGGUCAAAGACUCCGCUGAGAAAUUCGCUGUCGUUCAGUUCGGUGUCUGCCCCUUUCGCUGGGACUCGAAGACUCACUCUUUCAUUGCUCAUCCGCACAAUUUUUACAUAUUUCCACGGCAAGAAAUUCCAGGUGACGGUCCCUCUUAUGAGUUUUCAUGCCAAACAACCUCCCUGGACUUCUUGGCUAAAUACCGGUUUGAUUUCAAUGCUUGUAUUUAUGAAGGAAUAUCUUAUUUAUCCAGAAGCCAAGAGGAGGAAGCGUUAACACGGUUAAAUUCAGUGUACAAGGAUGAGUCUUCUGAUUCGUUGCCAAGCUUAAAAGCUUCUGCAGACACACAGUUGGUUAGAAUGGCAGAUAUUUUGUUUGCCGAGAGAAUGAAGAUCAAAAUUGGUGAAUGGCGUGCUGGAUUGUUGCACAAUACAAAUGAAGGAUCUGAGUUACAGGGGAGUUCGAUUGAUAUAAAUCAGAAUUUUCAGACUACUUUCUUCAAGUUGCGUCCUGCCCUUGUUCUGAAUGCUUUGACUUCUCGCCAGCUAAGAUUAAUCGAGUUGGUCACCAAGAAGCACUUUGAAGAUCUUGCUUAUGUCCAUGCGACCGGUGAAACUUCUUGUCCGCAACCAUUAGUUGUCUAUACAGAAUCCACUGAAGACAGGGAUUUGCUGAUGAGAGAGAUUAAGGAUUCUCGUGGAAAAGCAGCAGUAAUGAAAAUAAAAGCUGCGGUUGGAUUUCGACAUGUUAUUGAUCUCCUUUCCACUGAAAGAAAGUUGAUUGUUGGUCACAAUUGCUUUCUGGAUAUGGCACACAUAUACAACAAAUUUGUUGGUCCUCUUCCUUCGGCAGUUGAAGAGUAUGUCUCAGAGGUUCAAAAGCACUUUCCAUACAUAGUUGACACAAAAGUACUGCUAAAUUCAGAUAGCAGUUUUUUGCAUCUUGUGAAGAAAGGCAGCACAUCACUUUCCAAAGCAUUUACCUUACUGUGUCCGCAAAUUGUGUCUUCCAGUAUCUCAAGCAUUGUUUUGGCGGAUAAACCACGUAUUAAAGUGGAGGUUCAUGUGGAUAAUAAGAGGUUCUCAAAUUGGAACUCUGGAGCCAAGCAUGAAGCUGGAUAUGAUGCUUUUAUGACAGGAUGUGUUUUUGCUCAGGCAUGCACUGAUCUAGGAAUUGAUUUCAAUCUUCAUGAACCACAUGUCAACUUAGUAGACAAUGAGAAGCUCCAGAAGUAUAUCAAUCAUCUGUACCUUAGCUGGAUAAAUGGAGACGUUAUUGAUCUAAGAACGGGGAAGUGUCCUGCGGACUCUUUAAGUUGUACUAAUCUUAAGCAACGGUAUCCGAAAAUUUUGUUUUCAAAUAUUGUUAUAUUGUGUGAUCUACCGUCAAAGCUAAAGGCAAGAGAAAUAAAAGAAUGUAUGUCAAAAGUUUUUGGCGCAGAUUCUGUGACCUCCAUUUUCCACUUGGAUGAGACUGCAGCCUUUGUUCAGUUCAGCAAACAAGAGUUUGUCUCUCGUUUUCUUGAAUUGAAGGACACCUUAGAACAAAAGUAUGAUCCGAUAUCAGUUUUGCAUCCCCUAUCUAAGAUUUUGGAAGGUGGACGUACUCAUGCUGCCAGUUAUGAAAUAUAUAAAGAGAUUUGCAGUUCUCCUAUAUCAGAGGUUCUAUUUUCUGAUCAGGCUGAGGCUGUGGGAAUUGAAUGGAGAACCAGACUGCUAGAACCCGUCGUAGGAGUUGCAAAUCAGGAAGACAAGAUUUCUAGUUUUUCUCAAGACAGAAAAGAGACCUGCCUUAUAAAUAAUGCGACGGGUCCUCCAUCAAGAUUCCAUUUUCCAACUGAUGAACUCGUAGAUUCCUUUUAUCCAGUUCAAGCUCAAUCGAGCAAAUAG